AGGCGGAGCGGCGGCCUCGGGCCGGGAGCGGAGGAGCGCGCCAUGGCCAAGGCGGGCGGCGGCGGCGGCAGCGGCGCGGGAGCUGGCGGCCUCGGGGCGCUGACUUGGGUGACUCUUUUUGAUCAGAACAAUGCUGCAAAAAAAGAAGAGUCAGAAACUGCAAGCAAAAAUGAUUCUUCAAAGAAGUUGUCUGUUGAGAGAGUGUAUCAGAAAAAGACACAACUUGAACAUAUUCUCCUUCGUCCUGAUACGUACAUUGGGUCGGUGGAGCCAUUGACACAGCUCAUGUGGGUGUAUGAUGAAGAUGUAGGAAUGAAUUGCAGAGAGGUUACCUUUGUGCCGGGUUUAUACAAGAUCUUUGAUGAAAUUUUGGUUAAUGCAGCUGACAAUAAACAGAGGGAUAAGAACAUGACCUGUAUUAAAGUUUCUAUUGAUCCUGACUCUAACAUCAUAAGCAUCUGGAAUAAUGGGAAAGGCAUUCCGGUAGUAGAACACAAAGUAGAGAAAGUUUAUGUUCCUGCAUUAAUUUUUGGACAGCUUUUAACAUCCAGUAACUAUGAUGAUGAUGAGAAAAAAGUAACAGGUGGUCGCAAUGGUUAUGGUGCAAAACUUUGUAAUAUUUUCAGUACAAAGUUUACAGUAGAAACUGCUUGCAAAGAAUACAAACAUAGUUUUAAGCAGACAUGGAUGAAUAAUAUGAUGAAGACUUCUGAAGCCAAAAUUAAACAUUUUGAUGGUGAAGAUUACACAUGCAUAACAUUCCAACCAGAUCUGUCCAAGUUUAAGAUGGAGAAACUUGACAAGGACAUUGUGGCUCUCAUGACCAGAAGAGCUUACGAUUUGGCUGGUUCGUGCAAAGGAGUCAAGGUUAUGUUUAAUGGAAAGAAAUUGCCUGUAAAUGGAUUUCGCAGUUAUGUAGAUCUUUAUGUGAAAGACAAGUUGGAUGAAACUGGAGUGGCCCUAAAAGUUAUUCAUGAACUUGCAAAUGAAAGAUGGGAUGUUUGUCUCACACUGAGUGAAAAAGGAUUCCAGCAAAUCAGCUUUGUAAAUAGCAUUGCAACAACAAAAGGUGGACGGCAUGUGGAUUAUGUAGUAGACCAAGUUGUUGGUAAACUGAUUGAAGUAGUUAAGAAAAAGAACAAAGCUGGUGUGUCAGUGAAACCAUUUCAAGUAAAAAACCAUAUAUGGGUUUUUAUUAACUGCCUUAUCGAAAAUCCAAGUUUUGAUUCUCAGACUAAGGAAAACAUGACUUUGCAGCCCAAAAGUUUUGGAUCCAAAUGCCAACUGUCAGAAAAGUUUUUUAAAGCAGCCUCUAACUGUGGCAUUGUGGAAAGUAUCCUGAACUGGGUGAAAUUUAAGGCUCAGACGCAGCUGAACAAGAAGUGUUCAUCAGUAAAGUACAGUAAAAUCAAAGGUAUUCCCAAACUGGACGAUGCUAAUGAUGCUGGUGGCAGGCACUCCCUGGAGUGCACGCUGAUACUGACGGAAGGGGACUCUGCUAAGUCGCUGGCCGUGUCCGGACUGGGCGUGAUUGGGAGGGACAGGUACGGGGUCUUCCCCCUCAGGGGCAAGAUCCUCAACGUGCGGGAGGCCUCUCACAAGCAGAUCAUGGAGAAUGCAGAAAUAAACAAUAUCAUUAAGAUAGUUGGUCUACAAUAUAAGAAAAGUUAUGAUGAUGCAGAAUCGCUGAAAACCUUACGCUAUGGGAAGAUUAUGAUUAUGACUGAUCAGGAUCAAGAUGGUUCUCACAUAAAAGGCCUGCUUAUUAAUUUCAUCCAUCACAAUUGGCCAUCACUUUUGAAGCAUGGUUUUCUUGAAGAGUUCAUUACUCCUAUCGUAAAGGCUAGCAAAAAUAAGCAGGAACUUUCCUUCUAUAGUAUUCCUGAAUUUGAUGAGUGGAAAAAACAUAUAGAAAACCAGAAAGCCUGGAAAAUAAAAUACUACAAAGGGUUGGGUACCAGUACAGCUAAGGAAGCCAAGGAAUAUUUUGCUGAUAUGGAAAGGCACCGCAUCUUAUUUAGAUAUGCUGGUCCUGAAGAUGAUGCUGCCAUUACCUUGGCAUUCAGUAAGAAGAAGAUCGAUGACAGAAAAGAAUGGUUAACAAAUUUUAUGGAAGAUCGGAGACAGCGUAGGUUACAUGGCUUACCAGAGCAAUUUUUAUAUGGUACAGCAACAAAGCAUUUGACUUACAAUGAUUUCAUCAACAAGGAAUUGAUUCUCUUCUCAAACUCAGACAAUGAAAGGUCUAUACCAUCUCUUGUUGAUGGCUUUAAACCAGGCCAACGAAAAGUUUUAUUUACCUGUUUCAAGAGGAAUGAUAAACGCGAAGUAAAAGUUGCACAGUUGGCUGGAUCUGUUGCCGAGAUGUCUGCUUAUCAUCAUGGAGAACAAGCACUGAUGAUGACUAUCGUGAACUUGGCUCAGAACUUUGUGGGGAGUAACAACAUUAACUUGCUUCAGCCCAUCGGUCAGUUUGGAACUCGGCUUCACGGGGGCAAAGAUGCUGCAAGUCCUCGUUACAUUUUCACGAUGUUAAGCUCUUUGGCAAGACUGCUUUUCCCUGCUGUGGACGACAACCUGCUUAAAUUCCUUUAUGAUGAUAAUCAACGCGUAGAGCCCGAGUGGUAUAUUCCCAUAAUCCCCAUGGUUUUAAUAAAUGGUGCUGAGGGUAUCGGCACAGGAUGGGCUUGUAAACUACCCAACUAUGAUGCUAGGGAGAUUGUGAACAACGUCAGACGGAUGCUGGAAGGCUUGGAUCCUCAUCCCAUGCUUCCAAACUACAAAAACUUUAAAGGAACAAUCCAAGAACUUGGUCAAAACCAAUAUGCAGUCAGUGGUGAAAUAUUUGUGGUGGAUAGAAACACAGUGGAGAUUACAGAGCUUCCCGUUAGAACUUGGACACAGGUAUACAAAGAACAGGUUUUAGAACCUAUGCUAAAUGGAACAGAUAAAACACCAGCAUUAAUUUCUGAUUAUAAAGAAUACCAUACUGAUACAACUGUGAAAUUUGUGGUGAAAAUGACUGAAGAGAAACUAGCACAAGCAGAAGCUGCUGGAUUGCACAAAGUUUUUAAACUUCAAACUACUCUUACUUGUAAUUCCAUGGUACUCUUUGAUCAUAUGGGAUGUCUGAAGAAGUAUGAAACUGUGCAAGACAUUUUGAAAGAAUUCUUUGAUUUACGAUUAAGCUAUUAUGGUUUACGUAAGGAGUGGCUUGUAGGAAUGCUGGGAGCAGAAUCUACAAAGCUUAACAAUCAAGCCCGUUUCAUUUUAGAGAAGAUACAAGGGAAGAUUACUAUAGAGAAUAGGUCAAAGAAAGAUUUGAUUCAAAUGUUAGUCCAGAGAGGUUAUGAAUCUGACCCAGUGAAAGCCUGGAAAGAAGCACAAGAAAAGGCAGCAGAAGAGGAAGAAACACAAAACCAGCAUGAUGAUAGUUCCUCUGAUUCAGGAACUCCUUCAGGCCCUGAUUUUAAUUAUAUUUUAAAUAUGUCUCUAUGGUCUCUUACUAAAGAAAAAGUUGAAGAACUGAUUAAACAGAGAGAUGCAAAAGGGCGAGAGGUCAAUGAUCUUAAAAGAAAAUCUCCUUCAGAUCUUUGGAAAGAAGAUUUAGCAGCUUUUGUUGAAGAACUGGAUAAAGUGGAAGUGCAAGAACGAGAAGAUCUUCUGGCUGGGAUGGCUGGAAAAGCAAUAAAAGGGAAAGUUGGCAAACCUAAGGUGAAGAAGCUUCAACUGGAAGAGACAAUGCCCUCACCUUUCGGGAGAAGAAUAGUUCCUGAAAUUACUGCCAUGAAGGCAGAUGCCAGUAAGAAGUUGCUGAAGAAGAAAAAGGGUGAUCUCGAUACCACAGCAGUGAAAGUGGAAUUUGAUGAAGAAUUCAGUGGUGCACAAGUAGAAGGUGCAGGAGAAGAGGCAUUGAUCCCGUCAGCUGCUAUAAAUAAAGGUCCCAAACCCAAAAGGGAGAAAAAGGAGCCUGGUACCAGGGUGAGAAAAGCACCUACAUCAUCUGGUAAACCCAGCGCAAAGAAAGUGAAGAAACGGAAUCCUUGGUCAGACGAUGAAUCCAAGUCAGAAAGUGACUUGGAAGAAACAGAACCUGUGGUUAUUCCACGAGAUUCUUUACUUAGGAGAGCGGCUGCUGAAAGGCCUAAGUACACAUUUGAUUUCUCAGAAGAAGAGGACGACGAUGCUGAUGAUGACGAUGACAAUAAUGAUUUAGAGGAAUUGAAAGUUAAAGCAUCUCCCAUAACAAAUGAUGGAGAAGAUGAAUUUGUCCCUUCAGAUGGCCUAGAUAAAGAUGAAUAUACGUUUUCACCAGGCAAAUCCAAAGCUAGUCCAGAAAAGUCUUCCCAUGACAAAGGUCAGGAUUACGGGAAUCUCUUCUCAUUUCCUUCAUACUCUCAGAAGUCAGAAGAUGAUUCAGCUAAAUUUGACAGUAAUGAAGAAGAUUCUGCUUCUGUCUUUUCACCAUCAUUUGGUCUGAAACAAACAGAAAAAGUUCCAAGUAAAACAGUAGCUGCUAAGAAGGGAAAACCAUCUUUAGAUACAGCCCCCAAGCCCAAGAGAACUCCCAAACAGAAGAAAGUAGAGACUGUAAACUCUGACUCGGAUUCUGAAUUCGGCGUUCCAAAGAAGACAACAGCACCCAAAGGUAAAGGCCGAGGGGCAAAGAAGAGGAAAGCAUCUGGCUCUGAAAACGAAGGUGAUUAUAACCCUGGCAGGAAAACCUCUAGAACAACAAGCAAGAAACCGAAGAAAACAUCUUUCGAUCAGGAUUCAGAUGUGGACAUCUUCCCAUCAGACUUCACUUCUGAACCACCUUCUCUGCCGCGGACCGGUCGGGCUAGGAAAGAAGUAAAAUAUUUUGCAGAGUCUGAUGAAGAAGAAGAUGUUGAUUUUGUGAUGUUUAAUUAGGUGCCCACAGAGCACAGAAAACAGUUUUCAGCAGAUAACUUGUGUUGUCCCUUUUGUCUUUUCUGUCUCAAGACUUUUGUACAUCUGGCUUAUUUUAAUGUGACGAUGUAAUUGACGGUUUUUUAUUAUUGUGGUAGGCCUUUUAACAUUUUGUUCUUACACAUACAGUUUUAUGCUCUUUUUUACUCAUUGAAAUGUCAUGUACUGUCUGAUUGGCUUGUAGAAUUGUUAUAGACUGUCGUGCAUUAGCACAGAUUUUAAUUGUCAUGAUUGAUUGCAGACUACAGACCUGCUUUUUGAAAUGAAAUUUAAACAUUAAAAAUGGAACUGUGUUCUCCGUCUCUUUACUGAAGGUGAACGUGCAGUAAAAGCUCUCGUACACCUUUAAAAUAAAUAUAUUUUAUUCUUUGCCAGGAGACUCCAUGGAAAAAGGUAAACAGUAUAUGAACAUAGAAAGAAGCAUUGUUAAACAAUUUCAAUGUACAAACAGAGCCAGUGAAAGUACAUCACAGACUUGCUAAUAUAUCAAAAGAAAAUUUUUUUCCACUAGUGCUUAAAUGAGAACUAAGAAACUGACAGACACUUGGGUCUGUUAACCACUCCACCCCAGCCUCCACUCUGUUCGUAGUGACUGGACCAGGCCAGAGGACGCAGAUUCUCUGCCGGUGACUUUGGGGAGGCAACGCAAAUUCCCCCAGUAACAAGCGGGAAUCAGGAAGGAUACAGAGUUAGUUACACGGUGCAGGUGAGAGACCAGCCCGUCAUUAUCCCAUGAAACCUCCCUAAUGGCUUGUGAAUAGGUAAACAAAAACUUAUAUUAACACUGAAAAGUGUUUCUGCCUUGGAGGCUAUCAUUACUGUAAAAAUGUAUCAUCUUUUAAAAGAAAAUUGUGUAGUUGUUAUGUCAUUAAACAAGUAAUAAACCACCUUUAAUUUAAAGUGACAUCCACAAUUGAACAAAUGACAUUUGAUACCUGAACUGGCAGUUACACUGAUACAGAAUUCUCUUCUGCUAGUGCAGUGAAUUUGUCGUAUACUUCACUGGGCAACAUGAAAGGAAAGAUGCGGUCUGAGAGCAUCCAGAGAGCAAGGACAAGCUUCUACACUAACUAAAGUAGAACACCUUUAGCCUUAUCUUGCCACACUGUACGACAGUCCCAUUUCCUUACCUCGACGUCUUGAUCUGCGAAGGCAAGAAAGUUAUCUUUUUGACCCUUUCUUAACUGGACAUGUACAGUAAUCGGUUCCAUAACCUUGGUGUCUUGGUUAUUUGGAGUAUGCAAGACAAAAGGAAAGCACCAAACGUAUAGGAGAGAGAGAACAGAGCCAUACUUCUGUAUGUACAGAGUCUUCAGAAACUUAACCAGGGGUAAGUCAUUUUGACUGGGUCUUUGCCAUGCAAUCUUGAGUGUUCACAGAGGAGAAUAGAAGCUUUUAACUGGUUUUCGGUUGCAUGAAAUGGCUGAUUGAUUUUUAGAAUUUAAAAAGUUUGUACUUCUAGGUAAGUUAGACAGUGAGGGGUAUAUACUGAUACAUACGAAAACUUCUUGGUCCUUCUUGAGUUUGAAUAUAUUUUCAGUCCAAAAACUAAGCAGCAGUAAAAAUGUUUUUUCCUUGCAUUUUAAAUCCCAGGAGUGAAGGUACUGGGGAAUGUUGGAAGUGGCUAGAAAGUGUCUUAUUGCAGCAGUGGUGACUGACCGACACCGCUGUUCUCCACGGAGCUGGGCGAGGUGCUGGGACUGUGCUCUGCUGUGUUCCCACUCGAGCUUGGGGUCAAGGGUUCAUGUCCUUCAGAAUUCUCCAGCAUUUCCUGAAUGAGAGGGGGCAUCGAGCCAGGAAUUUCCAUUUUCAAGGUAAUUACACGUUCUGCACCUUUUCAAAAGAGAUCAGAGAAAUCUGGUAGAGAUACGGAGUCAAGGUGAUAACCAGGGAAAUCAACUUUCAUCUACUUUAACAACGGUGGGUGAAAACCGUGCUGCCAGGGCCUCCCAGAGGCUCUCCUAAUUUGACACCAUUAAAACAUUUCCACUUCAUCUGUAGAAGAACAGCAGAGAUAGGCUGACAUACUUAAAUGUGACAACUCCACACCUCUAUCAGUUUUAGGAAACAGUAUCAGUAUAUAUUUACUCGACAAAUUUGCAAAGAGAAGCUCCUGGUAAGAGACCAGAAAGAGUAUAUCUUGAAGAGAGAUGGUGAAAGGAGAGCAGUUCCCCACAAGUGCAGGCAGGGACUUGAGAAACAGACGUGUGGCGAACGAGAUCACCCACUCGAUGUAGCACCGUGCUGCCCAGGAGGGCGGCCGCUAUGUACACGCGAGUGUUUACACCUGCUAGGUUAACUCCCGAAGGAAAAGCGUGCCUCGGCCGCAUCAGCCCCAUCUCAAGGGCCUGAGAGCCACGUGUGGCUGGGGGCCACUGGACGAUGCGGGUUACAGAACGUGUCCGCUCUGUUAGCACUGUCCAGCUAGGUACGGGGAGGGGCAGUAUGAAGUUCCACAGCCUCGCGGAUUUAAAAUCAGAGACGGAGGGGAUAUGGGGAUAUAUGUAUACGUAGAGCUGAUUCACUUUGUUAUACAGCAGCAACUAACACACCAUUGUAAAGCAAUUCUACUCCAAUAAAAAUAUUAAAAAAUAAAAUCAGAGACGUCACAAUGA